ACAGUUUCUCUCAUAGGGAUGCCGUGUAUCGGACGGAGGGAUAUAAUAGAAACUUUACGAUUGAAAAAGUACGAAAGGGAAUUUAGUUCAAGAGCCUCCUCACGACAAGACCUACUAAACGUCAAGUCAAGUUUAUUGUCUUUUAAAGUUUUCGCUCAGCACAGUUUUGCAUCAUCAUUUAGAUCAACUAGUCAUACAUACAUAGUUAUAUGUACCAUACAAUUACAAUCACCACCAAUGAAAUGUCAGUUAUUAUAUAUAUCUAUAUUCUAUGGCUGUGAACAUCUGAGAGAUGGAUUUGGAUAUGUUCAUAUGGCUCAUAGGUGAUAAAAUACAUAUCGUGUGUGCGCAAGAGAUCCAUUGAUUAUCAGUCAGAGAUAAAAAGAUGCACAACCUCACUGAUCAUCACUGUCUGAUUAUCAUCUCACCGAAUAAUACACUUCGCAAGUAGUCAUUCAACGUGUAUCUAAGUGUGUGAAUAUUCUAAUAAUUAUUAUUAUAAUUAUAAUAAUACCAAUAACAACAAUAAUAAUAAAUAGUAUAAAAGAUAAGUGAAAAUAAAUAAUAAGGAUUAAAGGAAAAAUAAAAUUAAUCUUUAACGACAAACGUGUUACGACACGUUAAGUUAAUAACGACGAGAAAAAAAAUCCAAGUAAAAAGAAAAACUGAAGCUAAAAGAGAGUAAAGUAAUGGGAAGAUGGUGAAAAAGUACUACGGUCACUGGCAUGGGUUCGCAAUCGCUAGAAAUAUUGAGACAAGGUGUCUGGGCGAGCUUGACAGGAGGCUGGUUUUACGAUCCACAUCUAGAUGUUUUUUCCAAUACAUUUCAUCUUUACGUAUGGCUCUUCUUACUAUGUUUCCCUUUUACUAUUUAUCUUUUUUUACCUCCCACGUUUCACGUUUGGCUGGCAUACUGCGCAUCUAUCUUGAUGCUAUUUGGAACAAUAAAAUGUGUGAAUCAUGCACUUCAUUGUGUAUACGACACAGGGAAACGUCUGGAAGAACCAGGACCAUGUGUGAGUUUGAAAAAAUCCGAGAGCGAAAAACAACGUGCUGCUCGUAGUAAAUGCAUUGAUCGGUGUUUAGAUCAAGCUGAUCUUGGCAUUGAAUUACAAAUAUUAAAUGGGAAAACUGAUACACCUCCCGUAGAAUGUUCAUCGAGAAAUUCAUACAUCGAACAAAAUGCACCUAGUGCUGACGCUGAUAGUAUUACUUCUGAAUAUAAUCGUGACAAACCAAAUUCUACGAUAGAUUUAAAAGUUGAAAUUCAUCGAAAAAAUAGUUCAGAGAGCUCUGAAGAAGCACAGCAAUUAAGUAAACCUACUGUUACUUGUAUAAAUGUGCAAGAUGCUGAAUUAGUUUCUACACAAGACCGUGAACCCCGACUGAGAACUAAAAUUGAUGAUUGGCGACUAACACAUCAAACGUGUGUUGUACAAAUAAAAGAUCGUCCGAGUUCUCGUAAAUUGUGCAGACACGCAUCCGAAGAUUCUCAAAGUCGGCAUACAAAUCAAGGUACACUUGGUAAAACUGGCUCUGAAAGUCGAAUUAAGCAAACAAGCUCUUUGGAAUUGGAACAACAUGGUGAAGAUUAUCCUUAUUGGAAAUCUAAUCAGAGUGUUCGUCGUCUUACAUCUAAUUCCAUACCCAUGGAAACUCAUCUCACGACGGAUCAUCCUCAAAGUUUAGAAACUAUUUCUAAGAAAAAAGAUUUGGAUAAAAUAAAAAUGCCUUCACAUCCGCAGUCAUUGGAGGUGAUUGCAAAAAAACUUCAUCAACAACAAGUACAUCCUCAGAGUUUAGAAACAAUUGGUGCUACUAUUAAAAAUGUAGAUGCGUCAGACGACAAUAAUUUACCCCUUCAUCCUCAGAGCUUAGAAACAAUUAAUACUAAAAAGAUAUUACCACAAAAUACUUUAAAAAGAAAUCAACUUCAACUAUUACCGUAUUUAAGUUACGGUUCUGAAAUAGUUCAUCCGAUUGCCGAACAAAGUGACGAACAAUUUGCUAAUGAAAGUGCCGGUGGAUUUAGUCUUAGAGACUCUUACAGUCCCUUACUUACGAGAAAAACAAUAGGUGAUAGUAGUACCUGCCCAAAUCGCGACCGAAGUUUAAGUGCCGGUGGUUUUGAAGAUAGAUUUUCUAGAUUUAAUGGAGAAGUAGUGAUAGACAAUGAUUCAGCUAAUUCCCGUGAAGCUCUUUUAGAUAAAGGACAAUCAUCGUUCAGUCGGAGAUUCAGCAAUGGUAGUCGGAGUAGUCAUGAAUUGUCAGAUGGUGAUAGACGAAAAGAAUCACAGGAGGAUAACGUUAAUAGGGUUGAUGAUCUUGUUAAUUCAGGCAGUGUUGUUGGGCUUGAUUGGCUCUUUGAGAAUCAUGAAUGUACUGCUGAGUCUUGGGCUAAUAAAAUUUAUUGGACGUUCACUCGUUCUGACGAUACGGACACUUCGGAGAGUCUUCAAACAGCUAGUACUGAUUAUUUUCACUCAAAAGAACCAGACUCUGGGUCUUCGAGUACAACAACAUUGAGUAUUGACAACGAAGUAAGGAAAACUCUAUUACCUGCACCAAGUACGAUAGACAGUAAACGUCAUCAAGGCGCUAUUCCUAAGCAAAACCGUCCGAAAGUAUGCCCAGAAAAUUUAAUAAAUAAUUCAAUAAAUAUAUGUUCAGCAUUGGAAACUUCGACGAAUAAACCACGACGGACUAUUGAGUCACGUCGCGAUCGUGAUAGAAAACAGGCAAAAGAUAAUAGUCAAUUUGAGCAAGCCAGUAGUUCAAACAACGAAUUAAGUACUUUACUUUCGACUCCUGCUCCUCCACUGCUGGCAUCUCUGCUUAAAUCUGAUUCUCAAGUUAGUGGGUCUAAUGGUCCCGAUAAUGCCCCAUCUGCUGUACGGAUUGAAAUUCCUGUACCUAAUAUAUCAAGGAGAAACAGAACUAGAAGACUGAAACGUCAACGAGUAUAUCGCAGACCAAGACAUGAAGAUAAUGUAGGUGUUUUUACAGCACUUGAAGGUUUGAUAUCUAAUGGAGAUUAUCACAUUGCAACAAAUCAUAAUGAUACCAGUGAAGGUGCCAUUCAUUAUUUUCAUGACGAUAAUGGCCGUUGGUUUGCGUAUAAAUUUGAUGAAAAAGAUCCGACGUCUGCAACAACAGCACCGGUACCACCUGGUGGUAUCAAUGAUAAAUUUAUAAAUUCUUUAUUACAUCAACAACAGCAGCAGCAGCAGCAACAGCACCAUCAACAGCAAGCUCAGCAACAACAGCAGCAACGCAGUCAUAAUAUUCCUCUCGAUGGUAAUUGUCUUACUGAUUCAUUAAGUAAUAGUUACAGUAGUUUGUCAAUGAAUUCUGCUGGAUUAACAUUAAUUAUUGAUUCUCCACCAGUGUUAUCAAGCCCUGCCAAUAAUCAAACAAAAACACAAAAUUCGUUACCAGCAAAUAUUUUAUCAACAAAUACUGAUGGUAAUUCAAAUGUAUUCGAUCAACCAACGGUUUUAUUUGAUCAUGACUUUUACUGUCAAAUACGUGCAUCAAGAAAUUGUCGUAUACAUCAUCUAUUUGAAAAUAUAAAUGUUAAUGCACAACAACCAGAAAAUCAGAAUCAAGUGGUAGUACUGCCAUUACCGAAUCAUCAAGAGUCUGAUAUUCAUAAUAGUUCAUCGUGGAAUAGAUUUUGUGAUGGUAUGGAUCCAAAUGAUUCAAAAUCAAAACCUACGAGACAUUAUUAUAAAUGGAAAAUUGGUAAACUUCCUCAUAUUAAAGUAAGAUUUGACAGGUUAUCGCUGCUGGCUUUGCUCGAUCGUAAUUUGACAAUUUUAGAGACAACAAUAUCAACUAUUCUUGCAGUUACUGUUGCUGGUCUUGGAUUACAGUUACUGCAAAAAGGAUUUUACCGUGAUAUAUUUGCUUUUAUUUUUUGUUUUGUGACCGCUGGAUGCCAGUAUUCAUUACUAAAAUCUGUUCAACCAGAUGCAGCCUCACCAACACACGGAUUUAAUCGUAUAAUCGUAUUUUCACGAUCCGUUUACUAUAUUAUUGUUUCAAGUAUAGUUCUUAUUCUCAAUGAAUCACUGCAUAAUUUUAAAAAUUCCGAAUUUCAAGUCUAUGGUUUACGUGUAACUGAUUACGAUACAAUUAAUCAAGUUAAAAAUAUUUUACUUAUAUUUUUACUAGUAUUCCCGUUAAUUUUUUCCCUUGGUCUUUUUCCGCAAAUAAAUACAUUUCUUAUGUACGUCUGUGAGCACUUAGAUAUCCACCUGUUUGGCGGUACCGCUACUACAUCUCUUGUCUCGUCAAUCUACAGCCUCGGUCGCAGCGUAGUAACAGUAGCUAUUUUGUAUGGAUUUGCUUAUGGUGCAUUGACAGAGCCAAAAUCAUCCCAGCAUAUAUUAUUUUCUAUUUUUGCUGGGCUUUUAGUUGCCAUAUCUUAUCACUUGAGCCGAUCAUCGUCAGAUCCCAGUGUGAUAUGGGACAUUGUCAAGACAAAUGUAUGGCCACCAGAAAUGUACCUCGAGGAAAUAGGAGCCAAAGUUAUUGAAAAUACAUCAAGACAAGACUCAACACCAGCUACAAUUGUUACUACUACCACCGCAACUAUCAACAAAGAUACUAAGAUAAGAACAACAGGUCGAAAAAAGGAUGUAAAAAUAAAAGUUGGAGAACAAAUAACAGAUUCUGAAUUAGUUGAUCCACUUCCAAAAAAAUUACGGAAUACUGUAAAAGCGAGACUGAAGAAUGAUCUGAUAGUUUGUAUAGUUAUUGGUGUAUUAUCAUUUAUAAUUCAUUGUUCAACAAUAUUUACAGCAUUACAAUCUCAAAUUAAUCAUGUUCUUUGGGGUGUAGUCAGUUGUCUUGGAUUUAUUUUACAUUAUAUUAUACCGCAAUUAAGAAAACAAUUACCGUGGUUGUGUUUAGCUAGGCCAGUAUUAAGAAGUCACGAACACGCACAAUUUGAAGUUCGUGAACCCGUUAAAAUAAUGUGGUAUGAAAAAAUCUACGUUUAUUUGUGUUUUAUUGAACGUAAUAUACUGUAUCCAAUAGUCUUCCUAUGGGCACUAACAGAAUGCUCAUCAAAAAUAGUCACUAAAUUUGGUGAAAAUGUCGGUGCAUUAAUAAUUGUCGUUUGUGGAUUAAAAUCAUUAAGAUCAGCUUACGCAGAUCCAUCAUCGCGUUACUUAGUGUUGGCAUUUUCAUUAUUAUUUUUUCGUUAUGACUAUAAACAUUUAAGUGAAUCAUUUUUGGUGGAUUAUUUUGUUACAGCGAUAGCAUACGCUAAAAUUCACGAAUUAUUAUUGAAGAUACGUUUUGUGAUAACUUACAUUGCACCUUGGCAAGUAACAUGGGGGAGUGCAUUUCAUGCUUUUGCCCAGCCAUUUUCAGUUCCACAUUCAGCGAUGCUUUUUCUCCAAGCAACUAUAUCAGCUAUACUGAGUACACCAUUAAAUCCAUUACUGGGCAGUGCAAUAUUUAUAUGCUCCUACGUACGACCGUUAAAAUUUUGGGAACGUGAUUAUAAAACACGCCGUGUGGAUCAUUCAAAUACACGGAUGUCAUCGCAUUUAGAGCGCAAUCUUGGCGCAGAUGAUAAUAAUCUUAAUUCAAUAUUUUAUGAACAAUUAACACGAUCUCUUCAGCAUAGUUUGUACGGUGAUUUGGCACUUGGAAGAUGGGGUAAUGUCGAGCAGGGUGAUUGUUUUUUACUUGCCUCAGACUACCUCAAUUGUCUUGUUCAUGUUAUACAAUUGGCAAACGGACUAGUCACUUUUCAAUUACGUGGACUUGAAUUUCGUGGGACUUAUUGCCAACAGCGUGAAGUGGAAGCUAUAUCAGAGAGUAUAGAAGAAAACGAUAACUGUUGUUGCUGUGAAAUGGGCCACUUUUCAAAUGUAUUGAGUAUGAAUGCGGCGUUUGGACAACGAUGGCUCGCGUGGGAAGUUGCUAGUGCCAAAUAUGUACUUGAAGGAUACUCGAUUUCGGAUAAUUCUGCGGGUUCAAUGCUUCAAGUAUUUGAUUUUCGUAAAGUCCUUGUUACUUAUUAUGUUAAAAGUAUUGUUUUUUAUGUUAUUAAAUCCGCUAAAUUGAAACAAUGGUUAGACAAUAAAGAUAUCACGGAUUCUCUUAAGCCAACUUUAGAAAAAACUUUUGUCGAUUUAGAUCCUGUUUUUAAUAUGAAUAUUGAUGAAGAUUUUGAUUUUCGUGCAAAUGGUAUAUCAAGAAGUAGUUUUUGUAAUGUUUAUCUAGAUUGGAUACAAUUUUGCGCUGUUAAAGUUGAUAAAACUCUUGAAAGAACACGUGAUUCUUAUCUUGUAUCACUGUGUUUAGCAUUAAGUCUUUUAGGUAGACGUGUACUUGGAGCAGCUUCUCACAAUACUGUAUCAAGUGUUGAAUUUUUUCUUUACGGUCUUCAUGCACUUUUUAAAGGUGAUUUUAGGAUAACGUCAGUACGUGAUGAAUGGGUACUUCAUGACGUAGAUUUACUUAAAAGUGUCGUAGCCAAAGGUGUAAGGAUGGCACUAAAAUUACAUCAAGAUCACUUCAUGAGCCCCGAACAGUACGAUGAUCCUGCAGCGUUGUAUGAGGCAAUUGAUAAUCAUGAUCGUCAUUUAGUUAUCAGUCACGAAGCUGAUCCUCUUUGGCGUAAUGCUGUGUUAAGUGGUGCACCGAGUCUUUUAGCGUUACGACACGUUGUUGAUGAUGGCAUUGAUGAGUAUAAAGUUAUUAUGUUAAAUAAACGUUUUUUGAGUUUUCGUGUUAUUAAAAUGAAUCGUGAGUGUGUGCGUGGACUAUGGGCUGGUCAACAGCAAGAAUUAGUUUACUUAAGAAAUCGUAAUCCAGAAAGAGGAUCAAUACAAAAUGCCAAACAAGCAUUGAGAAAUAUUAUUAAUAGCUCCUGUGAUCAACCAAUUGGAUAUCCAAUUUAUGUAUCGCCACUUACUACUAGUUAUGCUGAAACAAAUAAACAACUUUGUUCUAUUGUUGGAGGACCAUUUAGUUUAAAUACUAUUAAAAAUAAUGUACUCAAAAUAUGGAGAAAAGUCAGAAGAAGAUGUGGUGAAGGCUGUUCUUCAGGUGGUACUGGAUCUCAAGAUGAUGGAGGAUUUGGUAACGAUGGCGUUUAUGCAAUGACUACUUACAAUAUUCAUUCUGGAUACAGUCAAUCUGGUCAUAACACUUCUGGAUCUCAAUCGAUGGAUUCUGGGUGUCAAAUAGGAGGAUCAACAGGCCGUGGAUCACUUGGAAGAGCUAAUACUGGUUCACUGGGUGGAAAUCGAGGUUCUUUGGCUUCUGUUGGUAAACCAACAAGUUCAACUCUGGCUAGUCUUGCUGGAUUAUUAAGCAACAACGAUAUUAAAACAGAAUCUAAAUGUGAAACGAGCUUUUCCAAUAAAGACAAGGAAGAAAUAUCACAACGAGUGAGAAUAAUGGAUCCAAAUCAAGUUUACGAUGCUAUUAAUCUUGGUAGACGUAUUGACGUUAUUUGGCCAGAUGAAAAAAUGCGACAGCAAGGUGGCAGAUCAGGCUGGCAGCAUUGGGUACCUGAAAGAGGUAUGGAAGGCUGUGUUGUUCAUCGAUGGUUACCGAAUCAUCGUGACCCUAAUCGACGUUCACAUGUCGAUAAAGUUAUUUUAUUGGUAAAAAUAGAAGACAAAUUUGUGCCGAUUGCUGAACAAGGUGUAAGAGAUUUAGGUGCUGAGGUGUGAGGUUUGAUUUCAUUUUAAAGAAAAAUAUCUUUUUCUUCUUCCACUGAUUUUAAUAAUUUCUUACCGAAAAACUGAAACAAGGUUGAUGUAUAGAACAAAAAAAAAAAACAAACAAAAUAAAAUGUGUGAUUAUUAAUUAGUGAUAGACAUUGUUUUGAUACAAUGUAUUGACAUUUCUUACGAAACAACAGAGCGAUAUUGUUGUACUUUCGUAUUGUAAUAUAUUGUGUAAUAUAAUGAAUUUUAUGUAAUUAUAAAUGAUUUUAAAUUAUCAGAUCGUUGCUUUUAAAUAGUACGAAAUAGCUUAAACAAAAUCUAUAUAAAUUAAUAUUAAGGUAAAACAAAACUAAUUGUAUAUAAUUGUAUAGGAAAAAUACUCUUCGUUGUGAUUCAUUAUUGAAAUACUUAUUUGAUUUUUAAUUCGGGAGAAUUCAACGGUAACAUAUGAGUAUAUUGUAUAAAUAAAAAAAAAUAAAAUGUGAAUUAAUGCGAUUAUUAAGAUUUGUAAAUAACGUCAUGCGUGUUUUUCUACAUUUUGUUACAUUUUUUUUAAAGAAAACUAUAUGUAUUUAUUAAUAAGCUGUAAAUAGCCAUAAGAACUUAUAGAAGCAUUAAAGAUGAUAAUAUAAUGUUCAAAUAUUAAAUAUUAAGAAUUAAAGUGAAGAAAAAACGAGAAAGAGAGAAACAGGUUUAAAAAUAUAUAGUGAAAUAUCUUCUCAGAUGAAGACAUAUCUAUUAUUAAAUCAGACGCUUAUUUAAUUAUUUUAUGUUAAAAAUUAUUGUCAUUAUUGUAAUCAAAUGGUUAUUUAACCUUUAUUAGUAAUUAUUGUAUCUGUUAUUUUUUUUUAUACAUAUAUAUCCUGUUAGCUUUUUUUUUCUUUUUUUGAUUAAUUAAAAUCUUAAUUUCACAAUCAUUGUUUACUUAAUUUUUUAUCAAAACGAAUUGUUUUAUUUUGUGAAUAUUAGCACUUCAAUGUGAAUCAUUAAUACUAGAGAAAAUAGUAUGAGUAUUGUUUGAAUUGAAAAUGAAAUUUUUUAAAUAAUACGUUCGAUAAUUUAAGUAUAAAAAUCAGUUAAUCACAGCAUUGCCUUAUCGAGGUGUAACUCUAAACACCUGACUGAUAAUAAAAAAGAAAUAAAAUGAAGAAAAAUAAUAAUAAACCUUAGGUAGUUUCAAUUGUUGGUAAAGUCGGUAUUUAAAUUAUUUAAAGAUAAAAAAAAUAUUAUAAACUGUUAAUAAAUAUUAUUAAUUAGAGGGAGAGAAACAGUCAAGUGACAAAUUAUAUAAUCGUUUUUAUCGGCCUAUUUCUCUUCUAUUUCCAUCAUUAAAUUUGUCAUAUGAAGGAUCGUUAAUAAUUAUUAUUUGAAUUUAAAAAAUUAUAAAGUAAAUUUUAAACUACAAAAAAUAAAAAAAGACUCAAUUCAAAUAACUAAACAAUUUUUGUGCAAUCUGUUACCUAUAUUUAUAUAAUACACGCUUUUUGAAGCACAUCGAUUAAUCAAGUUACACAUUUAAAUAUUAUAAAACACUUUUUAAUGACAAAAGUAUUCUGUAAAUGUAAAUAAUUAUCAAAUGCUUAUUAAUUAU